AUGGCUUCCGAGACCGGCCAGUCACCCUCAAAUAUCCGCAUCCUCUCGCUCAACUGCUGGGGUCUCAAAUUCAUUUCCAAACUCCGUAACGAGCGUCUUACCGAAAUCGGUGUUCAAAUCGCCGCUGCAAGUCCGCAGCCAGAUAUCGUCGGCCUACAGGAGUGUUGGACCCAGGAAGACUACCAUGCGAUUCGUGAGAAGACGAAGCAUAUACUGCCAUAUGGCAAGUUUUACCACAGUGGCAUUUUCGGUGGCGGGCUAGUCAUCUUGUCUCGAUGGCCCAUCAUUGAGAGCAACAUGGUACGCUAUCCGCUCAAUGGACGACCUGCUGCAUUUUACCGUGGAGAUUGGUUCGUUGGUAAAGGUGUUGCCUGUGCGAAGAUACAAAUGGGACCUUCCAGGGGAGAUAUUGCAGAAGUCUUCUGUACACAUCUCCACGCCCCUUAUGAAAGCGAGCCUCACGACUCCUACAUCUGCCACCGCACGGCCCAAGCAUGGGAAAUCACAAAGCUCAUGCGUGCAGCCGCCGAACGUGGGCACCUUGUAAUCGGCAUGGGCGACUUCAACAUGAUUCCGCUAUCCCUCGCACACCGUAUAAUAGAGACGCAUUCGCCAGUCCGCGAUGUAUGGCGCAUACUCCAUCCUGAUUCUUCGAUCGGCGCAGCAAAGGACGAGGUUGAACGCCGUCGAUGCGUACCAAUGCCAUCUGCCGAGUUUAAUAUGACUGUCAACGGCGCAACAUGUGACAGCGAAUUUAACUCCUGGAGGUGGAACAAGGGACAACAGAGACGUCUUGCCAAGGGUGAAAACGUGCAGAUAGAUCCUGCCGUCGAAGACCCCAAUGCGAAGCGGCUAGAUUAUAUCUUCUACAGCAGUGGAAGAUUUCAGAACCCAGAGACAAAGGAAGAGACAGCGGAGUGGGAGCUGAAGGAAGCGAAUGUGGGUAUGGCAAUGCGCCAUCCUACAUUACACUGCUCUCUUAGUGACCAUUUCUCUGUGGAGGCGACGCUGACGAGGACUCCGACUGCUCUGUCAGCUGCUCCGCUGUCUCCUUCGGCCCUGCCUGAACGGUUCCUGCCCAUCGAGACUUACGACGAGAUCCUAGCUACAACCAUGAAGUACGAGGCUAGGGAGCGAGUACAGCGUAAGCUACGAAUAGGGCACUUCUUCUACCAACUAUCCUUCUCCAUUGGGUGCCUGAUUGGUGUCUGGUGGUCGCCAAAGAACUAUGUUGCUUUCAUUUUGAUGCUUUUGAGCACCCUAGGGUUCAGUGUGGGCGUCGUUGACGGAUUGAUGGGGCUGCUGUUCGUUGGUAGCGAGCUCAGGGCACUCAAGGAGUUUGAAUGGGAGGUUAGGAAUGCCCGGGAGAGGGCGUUGAAGGCAGGAUCUAGGAAGACCAUCUCUGAGGGUAGCCAGGUGUCAGACGCGUCAGAAUAA